GCCCCUGAUACAAUUUCCGGCUCACCAAGGCUAUGCGGCCAGUAUUGCACUCAAUCCGAGAGAGCGCCAUUUGAUUGCAUCAGGUGGAGGAAGAGACAAGUUCAUCAAGAUUUGGAAUUGGUCAGGCGCUCGUCCAACAGCGCCCACUUAUCAAGUGGAGACAAUGGCACCAGUUGGCCGUGUUUAUUGGAGUCCUGAUCCAAAGAACGCCUUCCAUAUUGCAAGCUGUGCUGAUAUGUGGUGGAACAUUCAAGACCCAGAUCGAAUUGUAUCAUCUGGAAAAGAUGGCCUACUGGUUCUCCAUCGUAUGGAACAAAAGCAAUCGCCGUUAUCCUACGCCUGUGAUAUGGCGUUAGACGUUGCUCCUGAUGGUCUAGUUGGAGUGGCAGCUAAUUCUCACAUUCCGAUUAUCAAACAUCAAGAGCAGUACAUGGCUAGAAAGCGACAACCAUAUGAUCCAUUCCGCACGCCAGUACGUAGUCAGCUUUCGUGUGGAUUACCGGAUAACGCAAUGAACACUCUACAACCAUCUGCUUUUUAUAGGCUGGCAGAGAA